GUGGGGGCAUGGGGCUGCAGAGGUACCCAGGCAGAGAAGACAUAUUUCUCCUCUCUGAGCUAGCUAAGGGCUACCCGGCGGGCCAGGGAGCAGCAACCCGGAGAACAACAUGGAGUGUGGAACACCGAGUCCUGUCCCGGGACCCAUCUGGGGAGCCGGAGGGCAAGCAGCCAGACUCGGGCAUGUCUUCACCCAACACCACCAUGUCAGCUCAGCCCCCACACUUCGACCUCUGCUCUCCCACAAGCACUCUCUCCAAUUACGACUCCUGUCCUUCCAGCCGAUCCAGCACCCGAGGCCACCUGGGGGGCCCAGGGCCUAGGCUGCGCAACUCGACUGUCACAGAUAUGCAGACCUACAUGGACAUGCUGAAUCCUGAGAUGGGCCUUCACGGCAGGAAGAAGGGAGGCCCCACCACCCCUCCACCUCCACCCAGCUUCCCUCCACCACCCCCUCCCCCUGGCACUCAGAUGCCCCCACCCCCUCCUGCCUAUCCAGCUCCCAAGCCCCCCAGUGGGCAGCACACAGCUGAUAUCUACGUUCAGGCCAAGAGCAAACUUCGGCAUGUGGAGAGAGAGGCCCUGAGGAGGGAGCUGAGCUCCCGCGACGGCCACGACGGGCUGCGGCGGGUGGACUCGGGCCGGAGGUCCCGCAGCUUUGGCAAACAGCCCAGCACCGGGGACUAUUACCGCCAGCUCGGCUACGGCCCCGGGGAGCCCCUGGCAACCAGUCCGGGGAUGGCCCAUAGCGAGGAGGCGGCUCUUCUCUCGGGUAGCCAAGUGCACAACGGAAGCGUUGCAGACCACAGGGGAGCCAGGGACCUGCCGCCUCCGCCACCGCCCCCACCCUUGCCGGAGGCCCUGAGUUCACCGCCCCCAGCGCCACCUCUGCCCUGCGAAGGGUCUGGACCUGUUUGCAGCCAGCGCCGCUCCUCUUCUUCCACGGGCAGUACCAAGUCCUUCAACAUGAUGUCCCCAACUGGCGACAACUCUGAACUACUGGCAGAAAUCAAAGCAGGAAAGAGCUUGAAGCCAACCCCACAGAGUAAGGGCCUCACCACAGUCUUCUCAGGCAGUGGACAGCUCCCUUCUCUGACAGAUGCUCCACCCCUGUCUCCAUCAAUGCCCCGGGCCAGGAGCCCCACUCCACCAGCCAGCACCAUUCCAGGGGCAGGUGGAGGCCCUCAUCAACCUGUCCUAAAUGGCACUGUGGCCCCACCACUGACUCCAACACAGAACUUGCAGCUGGAUGUUGAGACACUGAUCCCCACACAUGAUGAGCAGGGACGUCCCAUCCCCGAGUGGAAGAGACAAGUGAUGGUUCGGAAACUUCAAAUGAAAAUGCAAGAAGAAGAAGAGCAGAGACGAAAGCUGACCGCCGGCUACUGCUGCUACCAACCAGAGGGCUGGAGGUUCUCCCGCACCCACAAUGCCAUGCUGGGGCCCUUCGGGGAGCUCAUGACGGAAGAAGACAUCAAUCGGAUAGAGCAGCAGAUCGAAAAUCUCCAGGUAGUCCACAAGGCCCAGAAGCUGGAAGCGCAGCUGGAACAGCUGGAACUAGAGCUGCAGCAGCUGCUGCCGGUGUCCGCGGCGCUAUCCAGCCACCGUUUCACAGUGAACCCCCGGCGCAUGCAGGGCCGGGCUGACGACCUGCCCGCCUGGUGCAGCAAGAUCUCCACGCUGCUCAAGAGCAUGGCCAUACUGCUGGCCACUCUGGGGGGCCGGCCCUCCCACCUGACCGACCUAGUCACUGCCGAGACGGGUCAAGCCUUGGCCCCCGAGGCAGACUGGAGGCUGGGCUCCGGGGGGCUCGGCCGCUCCUAUUCCUUCAGCUGCAGCCGGGAGGAGGUGGCCCGGGAGAUCUUGGAGUGCGGGGUCUCGGUCAAGACCCUCAAAGCCAACUACGAGCUGCACAUGCAGGGCCCGGAGGCCGAGUACUGGUACCCCCGCAAGUUCUCGCUGCCCGUCAGCGUCACGGUCUCCGACGUCUUUAGCCGGGAACCCAUCCUAGAGGAAGACUACGUGUCCGGAAGCAUGGCAGAGCCCUGCCUGGGCGGGCCCUUGACGGAUGGUCCUUCAGCAAGCCCGAGGUCUGAGCGCCUACUGACGGCUCCUCAGGAGCCAUCCGAGCUGUCGUCCUCUGAAGACCCCUUAGCUAGCCUGUACCCCCCGGAGGAGCCGGGCGACGAGGUGACGCUUUUUGAGCCAGAACAGCUGGCCCAGGGCCCACCUCUCUCCACUGAGCUUCGAGGCGUCCAGGACUACAUCGACAUGCGGAAGGAGCGCAUAGUGUACCUCUUCCUGGAGCACUGGCGCAAGUGGACUUUCAGCGGCCCGGGGCGUCAUACGCAGGCCCGCCUUCGCAGGUUACUGCCCCGGGUGGUGGCGGGAGAGCUCGAGCCCAAGCAGGCUCCAGAGGAACCAGCCCAUCACAGCCUUGGCAACGACCACCGGCUGCUGUAUUUCAUGAAACAGAGGCACGUGGUAGGCAAGUUGCUGGCCCACUGGCGGAGUCUAAUGCGCCAGGUGCCAUCCCGGCAUCUGCGCCGCCUCAGUCAGGGCCAAGGGCUCUACUGGCCUGAGCACUUCCUGCCUCACGUGGGCGGGGUGCCUGCCAGCUAUGACAGCCUCAGCCUGGACCUCUUCAUGCUGGGCUAUUUCCAGCUACUGGAGAUGCGCAUGAGCCCGGAGGAGCGCAAGUUUCGUCACCUGCUCUGCUACGAGAUGUUUGACCGCCUGGGCAGCCAUCCAUGGGAGCUCAUCCGCCUUUUCCACCGAGUUGUGCUGGAGGAGGUGGAGGCUGGCCGUCGGGCCUGGCAGGAUGGCUUUGAGGACCUGAAGAGGGCGUUCUUUGGAGAUAGCCCAGAGCCCCCAGCCGAGGAGCCUCUGGCCCAGCUCCAAGCGCCAGCCCCUGUACCCCAGCCUCCACCGCCCCCACUGCCACCACCAUUGCCCCAGGCGGGGCACCCACUUAGUCCUGUCCCACCAGCCCCUCCCCAGGCUGCAACAGAGCCCUUCAAUCGGGCCGACUCUCUGCAGCUGGUAGCCGAGAUGGGAGAGUUCAGCAACGAAGAUAUCUGCCGCUACAUCGACAGAAGCUUCUCCUUCUGGAAGGAAAAGGAAGCAGAGCUGUUCGACAUUUGAGCAGGGGAGAGGCAGAAGUCAAGGCAGCAAUCCACUGGGAAUGGCAUCUAUCUAGGAGCCCUUAUAGAAAUGGAGACUGGAUGUGUGAGGACGGGCUAUGUCAUUUUCCCAGGAAUGAGAAGCCCAGCUGAGCUGAAGCUGAAGCCAGGCAGGACCAUGAUUAGCCAGGGCGUUUCUGAUGAGGGACAGGAUGCUGCGAUGGUGCCUUUAGGAGGCAGGGACAUGGCUGGGAUAGAGCCUCCAGCUCUCCAGUUGGCUCCCCAAGGGAUGAUUCUCUACAAAGCAAGGAGGAUGCUCUGGGGACCUGGUUUCAUUGUCUGCUCUGCAAACAGGCUCACGUCUAUCAUUUUGUUCAAAGGUCUGGAGCCUUGGAACCUCUGAGGAGGUAGACCUGUCUAGCUGGGACCCCAUUAUGGCUUCAAACCUAAGGCCUGCUUUCUCUCUGAGAUUGAGAACUGGGGAAGUUCCAAGCCCUGAUCUAAUCAAAGAGUCUGGGGCUGUGGGAACUGAGUUGUGUGCCGUGUGAUGUGUGCAGAUUACCUCUUCCCUGUUACAGAGAAUAAUAAAGAUUUUUGCCCUGAA